UCAUGGUGGACCAGCUGGCUUUCACGCAAGAGAACAGAGAGCGGAUCCAGGCAGUGGAGAACUCCUUUGGUCCCUCUGGGAAGUCCCUGUACAGACCUGACCGGGUCUUGAUAGGCGAGGGGCGGCUGAUGAAGCUGUGUCGACGCCACCCCCAGCCUAAAGUAUUUUUCUUGUUUAAUGACAUUUUGGUGUAUGGUAGCAUCAUCCUUCAUGGACGCUGGCACAAGAACCAGCAUGUAAUCUCCCUGGAGGAUAUCCAGCUAGAGGACCUGGAGGACGGGGUCAUCAUGGAGAACCAGUGGCUGAUCCGCACACCACAGAAGUCCUUCUAUGUGGCAGCUGCCUCCGCUGAGGAGAAGCGUGCCUGGAUGAAGCACAUUGAGGACUGCAGGUCCAAGCAGCUGCAGCAUGCCGGCUGCCAGCCCGGAUGCACCUUCGCCACCACCUGGAUCCCUGACCGGGUGUCCGCCAUCUGCAUGCGCUGCUCUAAAACGUUUCGGGUCAACAAACGUCGCCACCACUGUCGUCGCUGCGGCUUUGUCGUCUGCAACGCCUGCUCCAAGAACCGGGCCGUGAUCUGCCACAUCUCUACUAAGCCUGUGAGGGUGUGUCGACUGUGUCACCUCAGUCUCCAGGACCAUGGGGAGCUGACUCAGGAUGGGGUGCAUCUACGGGGGGACAGUGAUGGGAGGAACUGCUCUGAAGAAUGUGACCUGGUCAUGCCCGAGUACGAGGCGACUAGCGACGAUGAGGCGGAUGAGCGGGUACAACACCACGCACCAAGCAAGUGGGUUGAGUGUCACAACUCUUGGUCCCCAUAUAACUAUUUAAAGCCGGACCAUCGAAGUCUCAAUCUCACUGGAUUGUCAAGUCACUUGACUUGGUUGACAAUUGGACAAUGUGAGAGGACCCUGAAAAGUAUUUACUGA